CCCGGAUGGUUCUGUUCUUCCUCCUCCUCUAUGCUGCCUCCGGACGUUCACGAUUGAUUCAAUUUCAGUACAUACUUGCGUCGAAACCUGCAUAGAGCCUUUAAGCACCUGCCUAGUCGGAUUGAUAACGCAAGAAUAUGGCGACCAGCGUCAGGAGGAAGAACCUGGCCGUCCUCGGUGGGAUAUGUGUGGGUUUCAUCGCCGGUAUCAUGCUGCACGACAGCGGCAAGAUGUUAGCCGGUAUCCCCCCUUCCUCCCAAUCCCAAUCCCACUCCAACCACCCCACCUGCCCCUCUCAAUGCCUCGACGAUCCGUACGCUAAACCGGGUAUGGUCCUCUGGGGUAAAGACCAGUUCGGCAAAGAGACCCGUUAUGUGCCCUUCCCCUCCGUCUUCUCCUCGACCUCCUCACAACAAGAGAAGUUGCCAAUGAGGACCAAAGACUUGGACGUCGGGGGGACGGCUUAUUGGAGUAAUACUACCGAGGCUCUCGAGUUGGCCGUACCCGCUUACACGCAGGCUAUCAAGAAUAAAGAGGAGGAGACGGUCGCGUUCGCCAGGAACAAGCUGGCGCUGUUUAUCGGUUCAAGCCACGAUCGUGCCAACGUGGAAACCUUUUGUCUGGCCGUCGGUGGGAAAUCUCAGAGUUGGGGGUCACACAUCGCCGCGGUGUGUCACGUAGAUUGGCUCAACCUGACGCUGGCCAGUUGGUUCUUGGUCGGCAUGGUAGACGACGAAACCGCCGACUGGUUCGUCUCCACCGAAAAGCGCCCGAUCACCUUUGAACGACGGAUACCCGAGAUCAUGUUGCCCUGCAUGAAAGAAGCCGGGUUGGAGGAUAUGAAGCCGGACUUGGUCGUCUUUAGUAGCUUGUUCUGGGAUGAGAGCUUUAUCUGGAGGCACGGCAUGCAAGUCGGACACUACAGCACCGACCCUACCGACGGCCUGCACGGCUUCUUCUACGAAGAGCUCAAAUGGCACCGAUCUCGGGUACACGAACUGAUCGUCUACCUCCGGUCGAUGUUUGGCGAAGACGUACCUCUCAUGUUCAGGACCCGCCAACAUAGGGCCAAGAACAGGUGGGGUGGGGUGCUCAAGAUCUUCCAACUAGAUCAGAGUUUGAAGUCUCUAGCGAGGGAGACUGGGGUGAGGUAUUUCAGCUGGGGGAGCAAGCUCGAAGGUUGGCUCAAUUUCCAGGACGAGGAUCAACACUACAGCUUUGGCCCUACGACUUAUCUUUUCGGCGACAUGUUCCUGUUUUACCUGCACCAAGCCUCUGUUCCGGGUUGUUGGGCAUGUCAGUUACAUCUGGAUACAGGUUCAGAGACGUAGCGUCGUUUGUAUCUUGCUCGGCAGCAAAGCAAGCACGAUUCGUUCAGGAGAUCACAGAAGGAUCAGGACCGCUUUCGCGUUAAAGUUUAUAGACGUUUCCGGGCUUGUCUCCGGAUGAUAAUGAUGAUCUCGCUCUCGUCUAUCCGGAAAGUACAGUAGCUACCGAGGAUUUGGCUUUUGGCUUGUGAAAGCCAGCAGCUCUCUCUCCCUCUCUCUCUUGAGAAGAUGAAAACGCGGAGCCUGUCGCCA